AUGCUCAAGAUGAAGGCUGUUGACGUGCUUGUAUUGGGACUCAGGUAUGGCCCAAACCCCCGUGCUCAUGACCAACUAGGUACAAGGACUGACUCUUCCAGUGCCGCGCUGACCAUCGCAACCGUCCCCGUCACGGUCACAACCACAGUGACGGAGUGCGCUGCUUUAUGCUAUUCGACUGGCUACGCCACUACCGGCAUUCCGGCGUACUCGGCAGCGCCCCCUUAUCCUUUAUCCACGGAAACAUACCCAGAGCUUCCAUCCAGCACCACCAUCGACUCGUACACAUCGUCCAACGGCCUGUGUACAGACCAAGCCAGUUGCAGCUAUGCAGCUCCCACACCCCCCUCGUACGCGGCCCCAGAUCCGGUGGAAUCGUCUGACUUGCCUGUGACGACUGGUUAUGGACCGUCCACGCAGGAUCCAAACGUUUCGGCGACCAGGGAUUCGUGUUCGUCCUCUGGUGGCAGCACUUAUGCUGUGUAUUCUCCAACGAUCCAGCCGUAUUCGGAGACGACGCCUCCUACCUAUGACAGCACGGCAACUCCGACGUACCACAGUCCAUCAGGGACCACGAGUUCAACGGAUACCCAGGAAUCCCCAACACUAUCCACGCCGAGCACUCCGUCAGGCCACGUAUAUCCAUCGCCGUCGCACGAGUCCAGUGCAGAUGCUACGGAGACGUCUCUGCAAACCACCACACCCACCACAUUAGCCACCAGUACCAGGCAACGAGGCAGCAGCAGCAGCAAUCCUAGCCGUACAAGAGGUCCGCCCCCCGUAUACGGAACACCCACCGACGAGCCACCUUCUUAUCAUGAUCCUCCCUCCUACACUGAUCCUCCCUCGUAUGGAGAGGCAGACUUCGGGGCUAUUUGA